AUGGCCGAUCGGAGCAAGGGCGACCUGGAGCAAAGCUGGAUCCGGCUGCUGGGCGAGGCGCGCCCGGGCGUGCAUGUGUUGACGGGCGCGGACCACAACCUGGUGGCCGAGUCUAUUGCGGCUGCCGUGGACAUCAACGCCAUCAACGACGCGGCCACAGGCGUGUGGCGACUCACGGGCUCCUUGCGUGCGAGCUGCUUCCCAUCCUGGAACCUCGUAAAUGGGAACCGCACCAUGGGUCUCGACCCGGAGCAGGCCGUUGCGUGUGCACUGCUCGUGCGCCGCGGCAGUGAUGCUGGCGUCGUGGCUCAGAGUCUCUUCGCGCGGAGCGACGCCGGGCUUCCACCCAUACCCGAUGGCGCGGGGACAUGGGUGUGCGGCAGCCCCGUGCUCUUUGCGCCAGAGCUCCACCGCGCCGUGGAGCAGCGCUUGGUCCCGUGCCUGUACGUUCCAGAGCAGACCGCCCGCCCGUUAAACUACUCGUCCGCCAUUCUGCACGUGCGCAUGUCACGCAGCGAUACACCGGCUAGCCACCUCGCCAGCCUGCGAGCACAGCUCGCGGUGCUCAACACCAUCCUUACCAGUGACGCCACCGCGGCCCUCGUGCCCCGCGAUUGCCCCAAGGACCUUUUUAUCGAGACGUGCAGCUCGUUCCUACACGCGGCAGAAGACCGCCUGAUACUGAAACAGGUUUUGGAUCACGCUCGGGCGAACCCAGGCGGGCUGCUCGUGGUGACUGAUCCCGGCCGCAUCACGCGUCGCCCCGACGAGCUGCACGUGCUGCUAGAGCGCCCGUUUCUUACCAGCCUGCCGGCUCACGUCUGCGAGUGUCUUGGAGUAAGACAGGAGAGCGGGCUGUGUUACAUCGGUCAUGAAGUCAUUGAGUGUCUUUUGGAACAACGAGUGGCCUUGAGCGUGGCCCAUAGCUUCUACGCGGCUAGUCAUUACACUCGGAGGCGGAUGGCCCAGGCACUGGCGUGUUCAGCCGGGCCUCGGCCGCGUGUGUCCACGGCCGUGGCCAGACCCGUGCUAAUUGAACGGUACGCAGCGUUUAUCACGUCGGCCUGCGAGGCGACCAUGGCGGCCAUUCGACCCCCGGUUGCUGCCGAGGCGCCCAGGCUGGUGGUCUUUGCGCGCACCAGCGACUCGACUUCGGUUCGCAGAGCCAAUCGUGGCACGAGCGUGUCGGCCCAGGAGCUCAUCUUGACCGCUCUUACUAGUGCCGACAACGCGGCCGUCUUCCCGCACGUCUCCAUUUCAGAAUGCGACGUAGAGCCACCUAGCUUUGCCACCAUCCGACAAUUGCCCCUGGGCUCCAUGCUCGUGGCGCAGAGCAUUGAACGGCUGGUGCGGCGGCCGGCGCAGCUGCGGGCCCUGGUGGGCCUGGCCCGGGCGCAGCGGGUGGCCGUGGCCGUCCUGAACAUAUCCCAGUCGCUCCUCACCAAACUCCCGGACCACCUCGUGGCGCGGGCCCUGCCUGAGGCGGGAACCGGCCUCCUAUACGAUCGCAUGAGCGGGGCGCUUCGGCAGUCUCGCCGGUACCCGGCCUCGGCGCGCCGCGUUCCCUUGGCCUUUUGGCUUCUCACGUCGGGGGCAACGGUUGCCGCACCACAUGAAGUCGAGUUUCUUGACCUACUGGCCGCGCACGAGAUGAAGUUACAUUCGUCCUUUGCGGAUGCCGGCGCGCUGGGGUGGGGCGUGCCCCCUGCGGCCAGCACCCCUGCUACCGAUGCUCCAAUCGCGGCACCGGGCGCCCGAGGGUUGACCAAGGCGGCGAUCCGGGCUCUGCUGGAGGAACCGGGGUUGACCAUUGGCGGCCAGGUGGUCUUUUCGCGUGCGAUCAACUAUGCCUGCGGGUGUGAGCGCGGGGCGCGGCCACACUGCGCGGCCACGUGCUUGUGCGACUGCGCGUUUUGUCGCCGGGCCAACAAGUCCGUGUGCGCCUGUGUGACACAGCCGGGUCCGGCGGACGGGCAGAGCUGUAUCAACGACCCACUUUGCGUGUGCAACUGCACGCACUGCCGGCCCGUGCCGCAGAUGACCGACCGAUGCACGCUGGCCGACGCGGUGCCGACCGGACACCGCUGCGAAACCGAGGGCUGUGCAGAGAUGAGUGUCCGGCGCAGGCUAUGCCGAGACUGCUUCCGGGCUUACAUGCGGCAAUACAAUGCCAAGCGGCGGCAAGCUCUCCUCGAUCAGGAUCAGCCCGUCCUGUACCCGUGCAAGGAGGCGGGCUGCCCCAACCUGCGCCCGAAGGGCACGAGCGCCGGCGCCCGCUGCCAAGAUUGCUUCAACGUCUACCAGAGGCCGGCCCAGCGCGCCGCGCGCGCCGCGAAGCGGGCCAAGAGCAUGGCCUAG